UUAUACCUAUCACUCAAUAUAUUAAUAUAUAAUAAAAACAUUCUAGCUAUUACUGCUAAUAUGUGUUUUCUUGCCUGAAUUUUAUAUAAACUUUCCAAGAUUGAAAAAUAAAAUCUCGAUUGUAUAUUGUUUGUAUGUAUCGACAGGGAAAAACAUCGAUCUCUUAGAGACUCGCUUUCGUUAGCGUUCCAAUCUACAAAUAUGAAGUUGCCUACUUUAUGACUGAUAAUGAUGUCACGCCCCCUCUUAUGAUCCAAUCACCUUCUUGAAACAAAAUUGUGUAUUUUGAGAAAUGCGACAAGUUAGUCUUCGUCUUAUGAUAUCUGGAACUUUGAAGAUGUCUUCUGCUACUUUCAACAGAUCAAAAGUGAAGAUUGAAUCCGAAACUUCGAAACUUUAGUAAAUAGUUGUGAAAGGUUUUUUAAUGAUAACAUUAAAUUUUUGGUUGAAUUACAUAAAUCUUUUUGAAUACAUUUUACCAAUCUGAAUUAUUCUGUCUCCAGCUUUCACUAUAAGUCCAAAAAAAUUAAUAUGGAUAAUAGUGAAAAUAUGGAAGAAGAAAACGGGGGUUCUAAUCACGAACAAUCAAUUUCUCAAUUGUUUGCCACAUCAAAAGAAACCAACAUUGAUUUUCCGUCAAAAACAAACAGCAACCCAAUGCCAGAAAUUCAUAUUACACCACACACAGAAAUCAUUGCAAAUGGAAAUGGCAGUCUGGAACUGAAUGGCCAUACUCAGUCAGAGGAGUUAGGAUCUCAAGUUGUUCAAAACGGGAAAACUUUGGACGGAAAUGAAAAAAUGGCGAGUGAUGAGGAUUCGAAAGAUAAAGAUGGUACUUUUCUUGAAGAAGGAGAAAUUCCCUUUUCAAAUUAUGAGAAAGAUGACUCUGAGAAUGAUAUUGACGGCACUGGUGAUCAUUCAGCUGAGAAAAAUGACCUAUCUAGUCCAACUAAGAUGCCGAACGGUUUUGCUUCAGAGCUCAGAAGAAUAAGUUCAAAAGAUAUUUAUCCAGACCGGGAAACGGAAGAAUUUGAGACGAGUGAUGAUGACUCGAGUGACGAGGAAGCGCAAGAUGAGCUAGUUACAUCUGAUGCGUUAUCAAAGGGAAGCCCUAAGAUGAGAAGGAAACAGAAAUCAGAUUGUUAUUCCUUGUUAUGGACUGAUGAAGAAUCUCAUGCUUCUACAAUGCACCAUUUGGAUGUUUUUCGUAGAAGCAAACAGUUCUGUGAUUUGAUUUUGCAGGUUGGAGGACGUGAAAUACAUUGUCAUCGUGUUGUAGUCGGCGGAGGUUGUCGUUUCUUGUACAAAGAAUUGGUGCAAGGCGAAAAAGAAAGUACAACACUUAGAAGAAUUUCCUUGAAUCAAAUUCAACCACAGUUGUCACCAGAUGCAGUCGAGUCUCUUGUUGACUACAUGUAUACUUCAAAGCUCAUAAUCCCCCAAGGACAGCUGCAGUCAGUGUAUUGUGCGAGUGUGAAACUACGAGUUGAAAGAGUGAUGCCUGUUUGUCGUCGAAAUAUCACUAAUCGACUUGACGUUGGAAAUUGUGUGAAAACUUGGAGAUUGGCUUGGAAUGUGGAAGAUCUCGACUUAUUGACAGUGCUGAAUGAAUAUAUAGAGGAAAAUUUUGAAACAAUUACAAAGAGCAACGAAUUUCUCGCACUUCCGAGAAUUAAGAUGGUAGUCAUUGCAUCGAAUCUUCCACUUGAUGCUCCUCCAUUCCACGUGUUACCCAGGGACAACGCCCUCGGUCAACUUGCUUUGUCAUGGGUGAAAGGAAUUGUCAAAAAGAAUGGUGGUCGAUAUAUGGAAGAACUCACAGAGCAGAUUCAACGAAUCUCAUUAGAAGAAUUAACAAAUACAGUUCCGUAUUCAAAUACUUCGUCUUCAUCAGCGUCAACGUCUUCUUCUCCUGGUUCAAAUAAACAGGUGCCACCGUCUUUUCCUGUUACCAACGAUGAAUCGACCACUAAGUCUAGCCCGAAACAACGUCUUUCACGAACUUCUUCCAUCGAUUCUCUCUCAUCUUCAGGAUCAGAGAAAAGUACCGGUUACGACCAGUGUAAACCGGAGGGACAAUGGACCAUUAUAGCAUCAAUGCAGACUGCAGACCAUAUGAUUGCUCUCUGUAAUCUUGGAGAUGUUCUGUCUACAUUGACUCUUCACUUACCAACAAAUUUAAUUACAAACUCAAACUUCUACGGGAUGUCUGGUAACCCAAGUAACAGUGUUUCCACGUCAUCAUCGUCUUCACAUUCUUGUGCGUCGUCCGUUGGUUCAGUCAGUGAAUUGAGUCAUUUAUCUCAAGCCAGAUGUGCUGCAGGUGUCACUGCAUUGAAUGGAAAGAUUUAUGCAAUGGGUGGUUACAAUCAGUCUGAAUGCCUUGAUAGCGUUGAAUGUUACGACCCGAACCACAAUAAAUGGACAAUGGUAGCAAGGAUGCAAGAACGACGAGCAAGAUUUACAGCCGCUGUUCUCAACGGACAAAUUUAUGCCGUCGGAGGUUCCACUGGAUCGAAAGAUCAACUGUCUGUAGAAAGAUAUGACCCAGAAUCAGACAAGUGGUCUCAAGCCCCUCCGCUGCCCAUCAGAUGCUGUGGGGUCGCUGUUGCCGUCAUGAAUGAUAAACUGUAUUGCAUUGGUGGAGUUCAACAAAGUACAGGUGUUGCUGGGAUUAAGUUAUGUCAUCAGUUCGAUCCAGUCACACAGUCUUGGCAAUCUAUUGCUUCAUUGAACACAGGAAGAAGUUUCGCAGGAGUAGCAGAAUUGAAUGGAAUAUUAUAUUGCGUCGGUGGCACCGAUGGUUGGACUUGUCUUACGUCAGUUGAACGUUACAAUGGAGACAAAUGGAUCAGAGGUCCGCAACUCAAUGUUCCAAGAAGAGGAGCAGGACUUGCUAAGUUUGGAGAUACUUUAUACUGCGUUGGAGGAUCAGAUGGCGGAUCCUUUUGGCCAUCUAUUGAGCAAUAUGCUCAUGAAACUGAUUCAUGGACGAUGCUUCCAACUUCAAUGACUGUGCCACGUAGUAACGUUGGACUUGUCUCUCUGAAUGGAUUGCUUUUUGCCAUUGGUGGAUUCUCUGGCCGACAUUUUCUCAACUCCAUCGAGACUAUGGACGAGACUGGUGAUGAGUGGACGACGCACGAUGCCCAUAUUGUUGCAGCAGCGACUUGCAACAACAUAGCAUACGAUGAGGGUGGAGCCGCAAACUCAUAACCCAGGCUCGGGACUGUUCCAGUUCAUCGAGCAAUUUCUUUUUUUGUGUUUUGCACUGUAUAUAAUAUUUUAGCUUGUUUCAUCAAGACUCUGUCAAGACAUUUUUUCGCUUUAAAAGUACAGCCUGUAGUCAAUUGCAGCCUUAAUUUACCAAGGCUAUGCUCGGGACAAGAGCAAAAUGAUUUGUUAUUGGUGGAAAUCAUGGAUUACCCCGGACUGGUGUUUUGAAAUGAAUGAUUUGGGAUUUUUAUUAUUGAAAUCAAUCAACGGCCGAGUUUGGAUCCUUUUGCGAUUUUGGUGGUUUGUUUGUCACGCUCGUAUUACAUAAAAUCAUUCUGAUUAUAAAACAAUUUUUCUGUAUUAAAUAUGCAUUAUGGCAUCAGUAAUGACUACUAAAUUUAACUUCCAUGUUCGACAUGUAUCAAUUGAUUUUUUUUUCAGAAAUCUUCAUCGCUUUUUCAAUGUUAAAAAUCAGAUAAUCCAGGCCUAUGAAUAUCACCCACCAUUGAAAUAUUCCAAACGCGAUGCUUUUGAAAAUUUCGUUUCCUUCAUUAUCGAAAAUAUCAAUAUAAUUUAUUGGAGAGUAAUUAUUUCAAUUCUUUUUGUUUUGAAUAUGCUAAGUUGUCUCGAUAUAAGUUCGAAAAA